UCGCGUCCACAACUGGGGUUUGUGCAGCUGGCCUGCUCUGGUUUCGGGCUGUUAUUCACGCAGAAAUGUUGGAGUAGAAGAAGAAAGCAACAGGGUGGGGGGGCUUUUUUUGGAAAAGGAACCCGACUGGCUUUGUUCUCCUCUCCUCACAAAGGAAGAUCCCAGGUGUACAGUGCGAACAUGGAGCCAUGAAUGCCCCGCGGCUGAAGGAAAACAGGCGUCUGAUGGAGAAGCUGCAUUGUGGUGCGUUUAUGGACCGCACUGUGGAAGGAAAUGAACAAAACCCGAGAUAAUGCUAACUGAAAACGUACAAAUGGAUGAGGAGGAGUUAUCAGCAGCUACGUUGGAAUCCAUGAAAGCACCACAGAGCGGCUGUAGUGUGAAGGGAUGUGUGUGAGACCACGCAGGACUUCUGUUGUGUUGUUCGUGUGCUUCAUCAAUGGAUUGGUCUGCUAGCUUAGCCCUGAUGGGGGGUGGUGGCAGCAACUACACCGCUGGGCCCCCGGGUCCGAGCUUCACCCACCAGCUGAACACCGCCUCACCUGUGGUGCCAAGGGUUGUUUCCAUAGUGACCAGCCUAGUGACCGCCACCACGGAGGCCACAGUGGGAAACACAGGAAACACGUCCACAUUUGGCGGACAGAGAGGGGGCGAGCUGAGCGCGGCGUCGCCCCCGUCGGUGCUGAGCGCGGCGGAGAGUAACUCGGUCCUGCAGGGCGUCGCCGUGGCCAUGCAGGCCCUGGUGCUGCUCUGCAUCUUCCUCCUUUCCAGCCUCGGAAACUCGGCGGUGGUCAUCGUCAUCAUCAAACACAGACAGCUCCGGACGGUGACCAACGCCUUUAUCAUGUCGCUGUCGCUGUCCGACUUCCUCACCGCUGUCCUGUGUCUGCCCUUCUCUUUCGUCAUGCUCUUCAGUAAGGACGGUACCUGGAUGUUCGGUGACGGUUUCUGCGUGGCCAAUGGAUUUUUCAACACCUGCUUUGGCAUCACCUCGACCCUGACUAUGACUUUGAUUUCCUUCGACAGGUACUAUGCCAUCGUCAGACAGCCCCAGGCUAAAAUCGGCCGCCAGAAAGCCACCCAGUUGUUGAUAGCUGUGUGGCUAGCUGCGGUCAUUUUCUCCCUGCCUUGGUAUCUGUUGGUCCGUAACCCUCCGGAAAUCCAUAAGCGGGGUUUCUACCACUGUAUGUAUGUGUUCCACUCCGGGACCUCACGCAUGGGGACUACAUAUAGCAUCUGCCUUAUCGUCGUGUGUUACUUACUGCCCUUCUCCCUCAUGUGUUUUUGUCAUUAUAACAUCUGUAAGACGGUUCGUCUCUCUGAGAUCCGAGUCAGGCCCGUCACCACGUAUGCAUACUUGCUACGAUUUUACAGUGAGAUGCGAACAGCCACCACAGUCCUCAUUAUGAUUGUUUUCAUCAUUUUUUGUUGGGGUCCAUACUGUUUAAUGGGGUUGGUUACAGCAUUGGGAGACUACACAUUCAACCCUGCGAUGGACACAGUGGCUAUCUGGCUAGCCUGGGCAAACGGAGCCAUCAACCCCCUGAUCUACGCCCUGAGGAACCCCAAUAUAUCCAUGCUAAUGGGGCGGAGCAGAGAGGAGGGCUAUCGGACCAGAAAUAUUGGUUCAUACCUUUCCAACCAAACGCAGAACCGCGAGGCUCGGAUUAACCAAGCGGAAAGGAUAAGGGACCGCUACGUGACUCGUAUAGGGGUGAAUAACAACAGCCGAUUGUCCAGCUCGAGUCCUGCUAAAGGAGGCGAAGUGGCGAUGUGGGCGUGUAAAAACCCCGCUGUGUUCUUCUGCAGGGACGCUCAGCCCGACACGGCCACACUCGCCAACUCUGACAGUGCUCCGAAGAUGAAGACAGCUGACACCAGCCUGUGACAUUCUGAGAGAAUCCUUGUUUCCUCUGAUCUGUAUUUGCUGCUGCCACCAGUUUGUGGCAAGUUAGGAAAUACCUGAUAGUAUUUAUGUGUAUUCAGUACACACACUCGGAAAUGUUUAGGACUCAAUCCACCGUUUGAUCAGAUUUUGUUCCAGGAAUCAAAAGGAUUAUUUUAGCUAUUCAUGUAUUACUAUUAUAUUAUGCUACACUGUGUGAAGACAAAGGUCAGGACUGUGAACACUUUAUUUUUGACUUAUUUUAUACAAGAACGUCUGGAAUUCCCUCAUUGAUAAAGCAUGGAGCGAAAUGCAAAGCAUUCGUGUUAAAAACAUGACAAGCUUGUUAUUGUGUUUUCAUUUCGUAUGUAAUUCAAAAGCUAGGUCUUUCACAUUUGAAAGAACCACAGUGAAUUUCAUCCACAAAUCCUGGACAGCAGGUGAUACUGCAAGCCUGGUUGUUAUUUGCAAUGCUGGGUUAGGGUUAGGGUAAAGGUAAGGGUAAGGGUUAUCUCAGAUCUCCAAAGCACCUGUCAGUAUGUACAGUUACCAUUCCAGGGACGUGUUCAAACCACCAAAGGUUAUCUCCCUAACACUAACUAGUUUUCAGUUGCAUACAUUUAACCCUAGACCCUAGGAACCCUAACUCUAAGAAGUUGUAUACCAGAAACUGUGAAUAUGAGUAGUCAUAUGUUUGUUUUGGACAUGUUCUUAUUAAAUAUUCAAACUCA